GUCAUGGUCCUGAGUGUACUAUCGUAUCGUAGGGCAAGUUAACUUUUAGAGCUCUUUGCUGGAAAUAAUUGGAAUUAUCUGUGUUUUGCAUCGGUACAGAAUGUUUUUCUGAUCAAAAAUCCUAUGUUAUGAACUGCAUUUCAGCUUUAUUAUCACUUAACAAGCCGAAACGAAAUUCCUCACGAGGGAACAAACGUCAAACCGAUACAGAAUAGACUAGGCGGAUUUCGGUACGGUUGCAUGAUCUUGAUCGGCGAUCAAUAAAUUUUUCUCACCGGCACAGUUUGUAAUCAUGGCGGAUUUGGAAUUAGAUAUCGACAGCAUACUCACUCGUCUCCUCGAAGCAAGAGGUAGACCGUACAAAUCAGUAAAUCUAACAGAAGCAGAAGUAAGAGGCCUAUGUGUCAAAUCAAGAGAAAUAUUCCUUAGCCAACCAAUCUUAUUAGAAUUAGAAGCUCCUCUCAAAAUAUGCGGUGACAUUCACGGUCAGUACACAGAUCUACUUAGGUUAUUCGAGUACGGCGGUUUCCCACCCGAUUCCAACUACCUUUUCCUGGGUGACUACGUGGACAGAGGCAAGCAGUCCCUGGAGACGGUCUGCCUUCUCCUCUCCUACAAGAUCAAGUACCCAGAGAACUUCUUCCUCCUCAGAGGCAACCAUGAAUGUGCCAGCAUCAACCGAAUCUACGGCUUCUACGACGAAUGUAAGAGGCGGUACAACAUCAAAAUCUGGAAAACAUUUACAGAUUGUUUCAACUGCUUGCCUGUGGCUGCCAUCGUUGAUGAGAAAAUCUUCUGCUGUCAUGGAGGCCUUUCACCUGACCUUCAGUGUAUGGAGCAGAUCAGGAGAAUAAUGAGACCAACCGAUGUCCCAGAAACAGGUCUUCUGUGUGACCUGCUGUGGUCAGAUCCUGACAAGGACGUAUCAGGGUGGGGCGAGAAUGACCGUGGUGUCUCGUUCACAUUUGGCAACGACAUCGUGGGGAAGUUCCUCAACAGACACGAUCUAGACUUGAUCUGCAGGGCUCACCAGGUCGUUGAAGACGGGUACGAGUUCUUUGCCAAGCGUCAGCUGGUGACGCUGUUCUCAGCCCCCAACUACUGCGGAGAGUUUGACAAUGCAGGAGGAAUGAUGAGUGUGGAUGAAACACUUAUGUGCUCAUUUCAGAUCCUGAAACCAUCGGAGAAGAAGGCCAAGUACCAGUAUGCCGGCAUCAACUCCGGCAGACCUGGUACCCCUCCUAAAGGACAGGCAAAGAAGAAGUAGGGUCUUGAACCUUGAACCUGCAAAACCUUUUUGUACAACAGCCCACAAGGGCAUGCUCUCCCAAUGCAACUGAUGGGCACUGUCGUAUGGAUGCAAGUAAUCUCGUUUGUCUGUCAUAGGAAAGAAGGCAGCAACAAAUUUAUGUAGAAAUUAAAAGAUUUCCUUUUUAUUAUGAUAGCAAGUUAGAAAACAUAUUGUAAAACCAGAAACCUUGGCAACAUUAGAGAUUUGGGCAUUGUUAAUGAUGGCCAUUCGUGGCAAGAAACUUUGUGAUUUGCAGAGAGUCAUGUAGUGAUUCAAUUAUGUUAAGACAUGAAACAUGCAAAAUUAGACCAUGAUUGAAUUUUCAUGAAUGCAAUUUCAUGCAUGCCAAAGUUUCUGGUAUUAUGGUCUUCACUGGCAUGAACGAUUGUACCUUUUCAAGUCACUGGUCACAUAUCUUUCCGUUUACAACCAAUAUUAUUUUUUUCAAGACUUGACUGCCAUGAAAAUACCAGGAAAGAAAUCAAUCACAAUAAAAUGGUAUUUGUAAACAUGGUUAUGCCUUGUGUUUGCAUCUAAACUAAUACAAAAAACAACAGCAAGAUAUGCAAAGUACGUUACAUAAUCCUGUCUGGCAUUUCUGUGAGCAGGCAAACAUGAAUUGGAUAUGAGUGGGAACAGAGUGGGUUGCUGUAUUAUAGUAGGGAGGCAGUUGUCGUGACAUGAAUGAUCAUAUUUACAUAGAAUAGGUAUGUGAUCGGAGGGAUGCGAUCACAUUUUGAGUUUGGACUGUGCAUAUAAUGUUAUAAACUGACUGCAGUUGAAUGAAUAAAUGUUAAUCGAUUCUUUAUAUAUCAAUUACCUUUUAAGAGACUCACACAAUGCAGUUUUUGAGAGAUUUUUUUUCUUCAUGCUGUGUUUAUACAUAGAUAAAACAUGAAAUGUGAGUUAUUACUUGUAAAUAAGAAAUAGAGAAAGCAUAAACACUGGUAUAUUUCUGUAGCAGUGCGUUUUUACCGGACUGCGACAAAGUAGGGUUUAUUAAGAUAUUUAAAUGUGAUAUAUUUAUUAGCUGUGUAUAUUGAUUUCAUGUUGUCACUACUUAAUAUGUAGAGUAAGAAUGGUAUCAAGUUUUAGUUAUACCUUUUAUGUGGAGAAAUCCAAAGAAGCAUGAAAGAAUUUAGGGCUUUCUCACAACUUUUAUUGCCAACUAAUGUAUGACCCGAAAAAACAGCCACAAUCAGUCAGGUACUGAAAAUAAUGUAUAUGACCUUUAAUAAAUGAAGAGAACUCAGUAGAGUUAGUAGGCAUUUCACACUGUUAGUUUGAGAUAGAGAUAGAGAGAGAGAGAUAAAGGAAAAAGACAAAUGCAAGUUCACAAGAGAGAAAAUAGUCACAGCUGGGAAAUUCCUGAAUGAAAAGGGGUAGAUUGAGGACUGGUAUAUUUUGAUUUGGAAUGUCAGAUUCUAGACUGGAAAAUGUAGAUUUACAAAGGAGGCUGGGGAAUGACUUGUGAACUUAGCAGUGUGUUCCAGACAUGCACUAGAUUUGGAUAAAAACAAAUAAAGUAUUCAUUCACUUAAUGUGGUUGAUGGUAUUAAUUUGUAACAUACUAAUUAUAAAAGACGUUUUUUUUAGAUACUUGUGACUUCAAAAUCUUUCAUUGUUACAAAACAACAAGAAUGAUUGUUUUACCAAGUAUAUGUUUUUGUAGUAGUUUUCACUUUUAUGUUCCCCACCUUGGAAGUGGAAAAAAUGAUGUGCCUUGUGUAUGUAUGUAUUGUGAAAUUUUAUUAUCUUUUUCUUCUUCUUCUUCAGAUCGUUGCUUGCAGUUCUUGAUUAGUCCUAUAGAUAGAAUUUUAUUUUGCCCAAAUUGUGUCAAUGCCUUUUCCCCUUUUUUUCACCUCAAUUCUUGGUUUCUGAUAAAUAAAACAAAAUCAUGAUGAGCCUCUGUGUAGAUGAUUCUGUGCUUAUCCUUUUAAAUGACACAAGAGAAAUCAGCAGAUGCCAAUACAGUAGUCAAUACAAUAGUCAUAAGGUGCCUUGUGUAGGGAAAUCAUAUAUAGACCCCCAUGUUAUAUAGGAACAAUUUUUGUCUACGUUGAUCCCUUGAUGUGACAGUGCAAUUUCUAUAUGAACAUUGCAUCCACUAGGGAGAAAAACAAGUUUGAUGAUAUGUGUAUUGGAAAAGUAGCUACCUUUGUAUAGACAUCGGAAGAAAAAACAGCAUGUUAGGGAGACAUAAUAGGUUUUUUUCUUUCCUUUAUGGCUUUGCAUGAGUAUGACAGUGAUCAUCAUGGUUGUGGGUUAUGCAGUGAACUUAUGACAUUCUGGGUGUCUUGCUCACUCAGAGAUAUGGCUGUUUCAUAAUAAGCAGUGUCACUUGCAAGUCAGAACCGAGUGCAUGUCACACUGCCUCUGUUACAAGCUCAUAGAAAUUGUCACUCAUGGAUCACAGCAAUAAAGCCUAUGAAUACUUGGUUUCGUUGUCAUUGGAGAACACAUGAAGUAAAACCAUUUGCUAUAAGUUGUGCUUUCAUAUAUAUAAAGCCAGUUCUAUGCUAGUCCUAUGAUUAUGAAACCUCAUCAUCUGAUGGAAGCCAGAAGGGCAUUACUUCUGUUAAUUUAUCUCGAUUAGAGCCCUUAUGCUUCUCAGCAGGAGACAUUACAUCCCUAACUAAGAGAAGACAGACUUACCGAUACGUGUGUCUUGUUUACAUGUCUGUCACAGAGUUUAGGAGUACCUUAUGUACAGAUGUCUUUGACCUUUUGUGUUCUAUAUGAUAUUUGCUGAUGCUUUUGCUGUGCUCAUGUAUUUCUCUCCUCUUUUUUUUUAUACAAUGGCAUUAUUUUGUUCGUACCAAACGUCUUUGCAGAUGUCGCGGGGGAAAAUCAACAGAUUUCUUCUCGACACUUCCCCUUCAAGUCUUGCGUCAUCCCGAUGUGAUUUGACAAGUUAUUUUGUAUAGUAAGCAAUCUGUAGUGAAAUGUGGUGGAGUUUGGGACGAAAAAUAAAUAAUUCCUUACUAAAAUGCUAGGUUUGAUUAUAUAUAGAAAUACAUAAGUGAGUGAAACAAAGUAUAAAUGAAGAGAAGAUUGUCUUCUUUGGUUUUGAAAAGGACAGCUCCAUCAUAAGAUAGAUAUUCAAGUUACAUUUGACAAAAGGAAGUACAUUAUAUCACUCCCGAGUUAUCUAUUUCUGAAAGUAUUGCGGUGAUUCAUCAAGAAGAAUUUACCAAAUGAAAAUCUUAUUUUCUUCUUUUGUUCAGUAUUCUUAAUUUUACAUUCAGAGUAAGCUUUCGCUGUGUAAUUGCCAUUUCAUUUCUAGUAAGUUCUGUUUUAGUUCUACUGUAAGCUUUUGCUUCGAUGUGUGGCUUAAAACACUCUGCUGUGUCCUAGUGUAAUUUUAUUCAUCAUUUUGCUUUUAACCAUCAGAACCUUCUGAAUUUUUCAUCCGAUGGGCAAAAUCUAUCCGAGUUGCUUUUCAACUCACACAAUGGUGCUCGUUUUAUGAUGAUUAAGAGAGAUAUAUGAAUCUUAAGGUUAGCCCUAUCAUUAAAAUUCACAUUUGGGUCUAAGAAAGCUUACUUCCAACAAAAAUAUAAUUUUUUAAUCGUUAUUUAUGUUUCUUUAAACAAAAUUCUUGGUGUAAAACUCUCCCAGGUGGACCUAGGUUGGUGAAUUUAUCAAUAGAGAUCCAUUUCAAUGGUAUAUAAGGGUUUGUUGAUUAAUGAUACAUAAUAAAUCAGAAAACGUUUUCAUCUUA